UGCCGGCAUUAGAAAUGCUUGCGUUCCUGGGGCUGGUGGUGGCUUCCCUCUUGGCCCUGGGAGCUUCUGCCCCGUUGCAAGGAACAAGCACCCGCAAGAAGCUCCUACUGGUUUCCUUCGAUGGCUUCCGCUGGAACUAUGACCAGGAUGUGGACACCCCCAACUUGGAUGCCAUGGCGAGGGACGGGGUGAAGGCACGCUACAUGACUCCUGCCUUUGUGACCCAGACAAGCCCGUGCCACUUCACCCUUCUUACAGGAAAGUACAUUGAGAACCAUGGGGUAAUUCAUAACAUGUGGUUCAAUACCAGCACUGGACAGAAGCUUCCCUAUUACAACACUCAGAGAGUGUCAGCUUGGUGGGACAAUGGCAGCCUUCCUAUUUGGAUCACAGCGCAAAAGCAGGGUCUGAAGACAGCCUCCUUUUUCUUUCCGGGCGGGAAUGCCACCUACCGUGGGGAAGAGGUGAACAUCAAGAGAGUGGAAAAAGGUGGUCUCCUUCACAAGUACAACAAUGAGACUGAGUGGAGGGAAAACAUAGAUCUUGUCAUGAAGUGGUUCACCAAGGACAAUCUUGACUUCGUUGCCCUUUAUUUUGGAGAGCCUGACUCCACAGGACACAAACACGGCCCAGAGUCUCAGCAGAGGAAGGAAAUAGUUAGUCAAGUGGAUCGGACAGUUGGUUACUUGAGGCAGAGCAUCAAAGACCAUGGCUUGAACUCAGCACUGAAUUUGAUCAUCACAUCUGACCAUGGCAUGGAAACAGUACAAAAACAAGAUGAAAUUCAUCUACAAAAAGUAGCAAACUUCUCUUUUCAGGACAUCCAGUUUGAGCUGGUAGAUUAUGGACCACAUGGGCUACUAGUGCCGAAACCUGGAAAACUAGAACAAGUUUAUGAGGCCCUGAAAGAUGCUCAUCCCAGACUCCAUGUCUAUAAAAAAGAGGAAUUCCCCAAGAGAUUCCAUUAUGCCAACAACACCCGGAUCACACCUCUUGUGUUAUACAGUGACCCUGGCUAUGUCAUCCAUGGGAGACUCAAAGUGCAGUUUAACAAAGGGGAACAUGGCUUUGACAAUGAAGACAUGAACAUGAAAACCAUAUUUCGAGCGGAAGGCCCAGCCUUCAAGCGCGGUCUGGAGGUGGAGCCUUUUGAAAGCGUGAAUGUUUAUGCCCUCCUUUGCAAACUCCUGGAGAUCACACCUGAGCCCAAUGACGGGUCCUUGAAUGCCACACAGCACAUGCUGCUCAGGUCUGCAGGAACUGCUAUGAUUUCGUCUCCUCGAUUUACUUGGGAAAUGGCAUUGGUGCUGGGCUCUCAGUUGCUUGUCUGGGAUGCAUGGUCGAGAUUGCUUGCUAUGGGUUCUUGGUAAGAGUGUCCUCCAAACGCCUGAGAAAAACAUCAGCCAGUGGAAAGAAGUGCUUCACCCAGUCAAUGGAACGUCCCCACUGAAUGUCACACACUUCAAGACGGCACCCCUCAAGUCCUCAAAAAGCCCAUAAUUGAUUAUUCUUCCACACGAGAUAGAUGUGCAUGUAUGCAUGAACAGAAGGUGCUCUGCGAAGCUGUCCUGUGUGUGGAAUGGGGAGGGGGGAGGUAACUGUGGAAAGAUUCUCAAUCAUUUCAGCUAUCGACAUGCUGUUGGUCAGGGCAUUUUAUGUGUGACAGAACUGAGAGAAAAAGCCAUCUUUGCUCUUUCUACAAUAUUCCCAACACAACCCUACCUGACUGAAACAAGAUUUUUAUCUGCUUCAAGCUUACCCUACACCCAUCGAGUGAUGCUUGAUUAACCUUUGGUGGAUGGCUGAGGGCUUCUUUUUACAAAGGCUAAAACAAAGGUUUUUUUAAGGAAUUCGCAAGCCAUUUAAGAGCACCCACCUAAUUUUCCAACCCCUCUUGCAAUCUGGGGUGAAAUGUUUUUGAGGCGAUGUGAUAAACAGCCUCAAACUCAAAAGGCUGAUCAGCUUGGAACAGUAACAUCAGGCAAGAUUGAUUUAGCACUUCUGCAGCAAACCAAAUCCUGGAAGACAUUUCAGGUUUUCCUCUGUAAUUAUAUAAUUAAAGGAGAACCUCUUG